GGUGGAGAUCUAGGGGCUGAGGGUUCGUGUGCGCCGGCACGGGCACGGCCACGUGGCAAUGGGGGACAGCGCGUGGAACCCGGGAGCCCUGCAAGGGGACAACGCUUCCGGCCAGUCUCUGUACCAGAGGUUAAGUCGGAGGAUGCUGGACAUUUCCGGGGACCGGGGCGUGCUGAAGGACAUCAUCCGAGAGGGUGCUGGAGAUCUGGUGACACCCGAUGCUUCUGUGCUAGUGAAAUAUUCCGGAUAUCUGGAGCACAUGGACAAGCCUUUUGAUUCGAAUUGCUUUAGGAAAACUCUUCGCUUGAUGAAACUCGGAGAGGAUAUUACACUUUGGGGCAUGGAGUUGGGUCUCCUGAGCAUGCGGAGAGGAGAGCUGGCCAGAUUUCUGUUCAAACCAGCCUAUGCCUACGGAAUGCUGGGCUGCCCGCCCUUGAUUCCCCCAAACACCACUGUCCUGUUUGAGAUUGAGCUGCUUGACUUCCUGGAUUCUGCUGAGUCAGACAAGUUUUGUGCCCUUUCAGCUGAGCAACAAGAUCAGUUUCCGCUUCAGAAGGUCCUCAAAGUGGCAGCUACUGAACGGGAGUUUGGCAACUACCUUUUCCGCCAGAAUCGUUUCUAUGAUGCCAAAGUGAGGUAUAAACGGGCCUUGCUGCUGCUGCAUCGGCGAUCAGCGCCCCCUGAAGAGCAGCACCUGGUGGAAGCAGCCAAGCUUCUUGUCCUCCUUAACUUGUCCUUUACAUACCUGAAGCUGGAGCGGCCCGCCACCGCCCUGCGCUACGGAGAACAGGCUCUGAUCAUUGACCAGAAGAACGCCAAGGCCCUCUUCCGGUGCGGACAGGCCUGUCUUAUCAUGACUGAGUAUCAGAAGGCUCGAGAUUUUCUAGUCCGAGCCCAGAAGGAACAGCCCUUCAAUCAUGACAUCAAUAACGAGCUGAAGAAACUGGCCAGCUAUUACAGGGACUACACAGAUAAAGAGAAAGAAAUGUGUCACCGCAUGUUCGCGCCCUAUGAUAAUGGCUCUACAGUAGGAGAAAAUUGAAGGUUCUCCGACUAAACCGCAAACAAGAGGAGCCAGGCCGCUGGAGCCCUCCGUGGUCGUCGCUGGGGGCGGGGGGCUUUCGGGAAACAACUGCCCAGCGCAGAUGGUGUUGCAGGGACCUGCGUGGAAGUCGGGGCUGGAAUUCCACAGCGCUGGGCCAUUGCCUCAUCUCUGCCUGGCGCUGCCGAAGUGUGUUUUCACAGGUGCUGUUUUCUGUUUCACGUUUUCAUACGCAGAGGAGGAAAAGUGCAGCUACUGACAAGUAGAAAAAUGCUAUUUUUUUUAAGGCCGUUUCUUUUUUCUUUUUCUUUUUUUUUUUUAAUGGAAUUAGUCCUUGGCUUUAUUCCCAGUCCCAGCCCCCCUUCUGGCUGUUAAUAUCCCCGGGUAAAUACAGAUAGGGAUUGCUUUGCGUACUUUAUGGGGUUUUCUGUUUUAGAGAGAGAAUUAUGUUACAUGUGUUUUCGUUGUAAAUAAACAUAACCUUUCCCUGUCCCUGCAA